UUUCUUUAUGUAAAUUGUUGUGGCAUGUGACUCUGACGUCACGCACCGAAAGUCAUGUGACUGUUAGAAGGAUGUGAGUCCCCUGUGGUUAGGAAUAUGCUUCACAAACGUUAUUAAAGGAGAUAAAGGAGAUAAAUAGCUUAUUUGGGAAGAGACUGCCCAUUCUCUUCAUCUGGUUUGUCGUUGCAAUGGAUUUUAUUCGACAAAUUGGAAUUUUACUCGGGAUUGCGGUGCUUUCCUGCUCGCGUGCCGACAAGACUCAGAUUGACCCGCUGAUAUACGAGGAGCAGUUACUAUGGGUCAGUGGUGGAGCCGGUCAGGUCAACGCUUACAGGAUUCCUCUGCUAACGUUUACAUUGCGUGGAAGCCUGUUGGCGUUCUCUGAGGCCAGGAAAAUGUCCUCAAGUGACAUUGGGGCAAAGUUCAUUGCGCUGAGACGCUCCACAGACAGAGGUGCCACCUGGUCUCCCACCUCGUUCAUAGUGGACGAUGGUUCUCUAGCCGAUGGGUUGAGUCUGGGUUCAGUUGUAGUGGAUGAGGAGACCGGCGCUGUGAUCGUCAUCUACUCUCUGUGUUUUCACCAGUAUCAGUGCAGCCCCUCCAGCACGAUGAUGGUGCAGAGUCUGGAUGAUGGCUUCACCUGGAGUGUUCCACGAAACCUCUCGAUCGAGUUGGGGGUGAAGAGCUUUGCUCCUGGGCCUGGUUUUGGAAUACAGAAGCGGUAUCCACCCAGUAAGGGCCGUUUGGUGGUGUGUGGCCAUGGCACCAUUGCUGGUGAUGGAGUUUUCUGCAUCCUGAGUGAUGAUCACGGUAGAUCCUGGAGAUACGGAGCUGCACUGAAGAGCAUCCCAUACAACCAGCCUAAACAAGACCUGGACUUCAACCCAGAUGAGUGUCAGCCAGUGGAACUAGAGGAUGGAAGCAUUGUCAUUAAUGUCCGCAACCAGAACAACUACCACUGUCGCUGUCGCAUCAUAGUGCGCAGUCUGGACGGUGGCGAGUCUCUGCCCGUUGAGGAGCUGGUGUUUGAUAAAACACUGAUCGACCCGGUCGUUGCAGCCGGAGCCCUGCAGAAACAAGGAGUGAUGUACUUCACCAACCCCUCCAGCACUCAACACAGAGUCAAUCUAACUCUUCGCUGGUCUUUCACUGAUGGGAAAUCAUGGGAGAAGGAGGCAGUCCAGAUCUGGGCGGGGCCAAGCGGUUACUCCACUAUGACAUCUCUUAACGGAGGUUCCGCUGAGGACAACAAAUACAUCUUUGUCGUUUAUGAAAAGGGCCACAAAGAUUACUGGGAGACCAUCUCUUUUGCCAAAAUCCAUCUGUAUGGAGGGAAAUAACACACUAGUGGAGGAGCUGAGAAAAAGGGAAACGUAGGACUUAGAAAAUGAAUGGUUUUUUUUGGAGAAAACCUAAGGUAUCAUCCUGAUCUGAAAUCAGUUUUACAGUUCUUUAAAUGAAAUCCAGUCUGUACUAUGCACUGCUUUUAAGAUCCACUACGGAAAGAAUCAAAACUUCCUGAAUCAGUGUGGGAUUGUGAUCUAGAGUCAUAUAAUAUAUAUAAAAACACAGCUAUGAUUGUGCCAACAUUUUACUUGUCUCACUCCAAUGCACAAAUCCUUCUGGAAUAAAAGCAAUUUGAUAAAGUUUUAUAAGCUGCACAUGAGCUGCAUGUGUUUAUCAGGACUAUCUGAUGCUUUUGAACCCUUUAUCUGCUUGUUAAGUCGUGACGUAUGGAAUACUGUUUCCAAGUCCAAACCGCUACUCGAAAAUAUUUGUUUAUGACUCUUUUUGGUCAUACAACACAUUAAAGUGAUUUUAUUUUAAUGUAAAAUCAUGGUGUACACAACAAUCUUUGGAUUUGCGGCAUCACAGACAUCAAUAUUUGUAGAAUUUAUAAAAAUUUAUCACUUUCUGGGCAUCUGAUAUUAGACAUGGUUAUAUAUACACUGUAGAGCCCAACAGUCAACUUUAUCAAAUCAAAUGAGUGUAGUUAACUCAAAAUUUACUGAAAGUUAAUUCUACUCAUUUGAAAAGAGUUUAGAACUCAGUGUUGAAGGUAAUGAGGUAAUUAAAAAUCUCAUUACUUCAACUUAAAUGGAGUAAGUUCACAGUACUCAUAUAGAUUAGUUUUUUAGCUCAAAUUGUUUGUAGCAGUCGGUUUCCUCAAAUGUUUUGAGUUGCCUUAACUUAUUGAGUUUUACAGUACUCAGUUGGUUUGAGUUCUCUUCAUUUAUUGGGUUUUACUGUGCCCAAAUUGCUUCAUUUACUCAAAUGGAUUAAGUUCACAGUAAUCAUUAGGAUUAGUUUUCCAACUUAAAUGGUUUGUUGCAAUCGGCUUACUCAAAUGGUUUGAGUUGCCUUAACUUUUUGGGUUUACAGUGUAUAUAUUGCAAUCAUGAUUUUCGAAAAUAUUUGUGAAUGUUUAUUAUUACCAUUAGUCGAGUCUCCAUUAGUUAUUACCGUUUUUAUUGUCAUUCCGCUACAUGUGUGGACAUACAGAGGAACGAAAUGUCAUGUCUCGCAGGACAACGGUGCUACAUAAUUAAUCAUAAAUACAAACACAACACUGGACAUACUGUAAGAGCUAUUUUUAAAAACCUAUGCAUAACUAACAUAUACUAUAAGAUAAAACUAAACACAUAAGACAGGUUAUACAAGUACUUUUACAUGAGAUUAAACAAUGUUGGGCAGGAUAUUGUGCAAGAGAGGUAUUAAAGGUGAAUAUUGUGCAAAAGAGGUAUUUAAGGUUGAAUAUUGCGGAAAUGAGUUAGUUAAAUUGAAGCAAGCAGCGCAACAUGAUUGUGGUACAUUUAUAGUAAACAUCGUUUUCAUUAUUGAGUUCUUGUAAGAUGUUUAUAGAUGUCAUAGUUUAGAUAAAAUGUCAGGUGCAUAACAGAGAAGAGUGUUUCUACAGGAAAUUAAAUGCAACAAAUGAUAGGUCUGCUUUCAUUUUUCACUGCUUUGACAUUUUUACAACCCAUUAAA